UCUCCCUUCGCGGUUGGAGGUGGGACACUCGGGGACAUGCUGCUCUCCUUGGAGUCCGUACUCUUCAGUAGUCAAUGUGGUCUUGGAGUGUUUGACAGACUGUCGCAUGGCCCUAAAGAUUCAGCCGUGUUGUUUAACUUUGACUCAAACAACGUUCUGUGGUUGAACAUCAAAGCAGCAGGACGGAGAAGGACUAGGAGAGGAGGUAGGGGAUGAUGAUGAUGAUGAUGAUGCAGCACGUCCUUACUCACAGGACACUGUGGCGGGUCAUGGCAGUGCGCUCAGUCAGAGCGGGCGCUGCCGUCUUCAAGCAUCCAGCGGUGUCCAGGUUCUGCGUGCUGCGUUUGUCGCUGCUGCAGCCUGGUAGCCAGAGGUUGGUCUCAGCAUCAGCCUCCAGCAGAGUAGCACAUCAACCAAAGCACCAGUCCCCACAGGAGGAAAGAGCACAAUCAGUGUCCACAUCCCAAUCACAGGAGGUCAGUAAAGGGGAGGCUGAGUCUGCAGACGUAGACCCGCUGCAGGACAAGUCCAUCGGCCUUUUCCAGAGGUUUAAGAAGACCUUCAAACAGUAUGGGAAGGUGAUGAUUCCUGUUCAUCUGGCAACAUCCUCCAUCUGGUUAGGAACUUUCUAUUAUGCUGCUAUGAAAGGUGUAAAUGUGGUGCCGUUCCUGGAGAUAAUUGGUUUGCCAGAAUCACUCGUCAGCCUUUUGAGAGAUUCCUCGAGUGGCUAUGCACUGACCGCCUACGCCAUGUACAAGAUUGCAACCCCAGCUAGAUAUGCAGUGACUCUGGGUGGAACGUCACUGUCUGUCCAGUACCUCCGCAAACACAGCUACAUGUCCACACCGCCACCAGUAAAGGAGUACAUCCAGGACAAAAUGGAGGAGACGAAGGAGAGAUUCACAGAAAAGAUGGAGGAAACAAAAGGACUUUUCUCUGAGAAAAUGGAAGAGACUAAAGACAAGCUCUCUGAGAAACUUCAGGAAACCAAAGACAGAGUUUCGGAGGGAAAAGCAUUUUUUCGAAAGAAAAACGAUUAGAGCGUUACACGUUCAUGUAGCACCUGUUGGUGAACUCUCCUAUUAUGAUUUCAUUUGGUUGAAUUGAUGAGUGGGGGUUACACUUACUACUUUAACUGUUUGGAGGAGUGAGAUAUUGCACUAUCCCUGUCUUCACACCAGUCAGUUAUUGCCUGGUGUCUAUUUAUGUGUCAAAGCAGUCCCUAAUUGUCUGAACCCUCCCACAAUGCACUGCAAAUGUAGAGCAGACAGCAGCUAAGCUGCCUGCUGGCAGCGCCACUUCCUGGCCCUGCCUUUUCAGACGGGAUUUCCACAGACCCGAUCUGGAUCGAGCUGCCGCUUGGCUGCAGUUUUACUUGAACUCUUCAGAGGUCUGGACUUCAGACACCACCAGGUGAAGACAGUUCGGGAGACUGAGCUGUGCUAAUCCUUAUGGCUGAACAGAAAAUGAAACUUGAAGCUCAUCGUUAACCACAUUAUAGUUUGUCGAAGGCUUGAGAUUUCACCUUGUCUUCAUAUGUAUUUAGCCAGAAGUUCUGUUUUUUAAUAAUGUUUUCUCUGAUAGCCAAAUUUAAUACAUCACAAUGUUUGUGGUUUCUGCACUAUAAUGUAUCAACUGAAAGCGGAGUCGGAAAAUCAGACAGUGAGUUAGAAGUUGAAAUGGUACAGUUUACAUGAGGUAAUUACACAGUCCUGGUCAGAGUUACAGCCUUCUGUUAACAGAAGGAACAUAGUUCUGAUCAGCAAAUAGAAAAGGGCUGUCAGAUCUGAAUGAUUGGAUUCUUGCUAAUUACAAAGACAAAAAAAAAAACUAGCAAGUAUGAAGAAAUAGUACGAGGAAUAGUUAUUGGCACUUUUUUUCUGAUCUCAAAACCACAGAAGUUCGGACUGGUUGCAGCAGAAGUGUACAACUUUGUCUGACCGGAUCUGUGGAGUUGAUUCAGAUGGACAUUUAUUUUUCAAAGUCUGUCAGGGUGAGAUUAUACUGAUGCAAAAAGAUGAAAAAUGAAAAUCAUCUUACAAUAGAAAGGAUCACAAGCUGACUUGUGUGCAACUAAUAAAUCAAAUUCCCCCAAAUACAGCAAAUAUUUUCAGAAAGAGUGACCCAUAUCUUGUUAUUGUUGCUGAGAAUUGAAUAAAAAGAAUCUAGAAAACACUCAAACCAAAAGCUUUGGGAAAUGGUUUUGCCUUUCCUUCAAUAAUGCAAACAUGUGACCCUUUUUAUGCCUCGACUCUACAAUAAUCCAAUUUCUACAAAAAUAUGAUGGCUUUGCAGGUACAACUAGCGGCUAAUAUUCAAACUAUUAUGUUUUUUAUCAUAAAAUCUCAGUGAAACGAGUGCUUUGAACUUCGAGGUUUUGCUCUGUGUGGCAAAAAGUUUCUAAACGCUGCUGUGUUGAAGCUUCUGACCAGGACUGUUAACACAGUGUGUGCAGCAUGUUUAAUUGAGGGAAUGCCGUGAAAAACGUGGCUAUUAGGGUUUCACAAUGUGACAGAAAUAAGUGUUUUCAUUAAGUUAACACACCAAUGUCCUUGCCAGAAAUUCACACAGUUUGGUUAAAAUCACACUGAAUAAAAGUGAUAUGAAAUCA